UAUACGUAAAUAACUGUGUUGCAUUACAAUCUUCGGCUUAAUUGGGUUAAUUACAACGUCAUUAAUUAAAUAAUUAACCGACGCAAAGAGAAAACAUCGAGUUAGCAAGGAGCAACAUCCGACAACAACAACAUCCACAACAACAACAUCAACAACAACAAACAACAACAACAACAUCAAUAUCAACAACAUCAACAACAACAACAUCAACAACAACAAAUAUGUGUAAAAGACGGAACUCCGAUCCCAAAGGCUGCCUUGGUGGGUGUUUAAAAUGGUUCCGUGCAAAUCUACUGCUGACCUUAACAUUGAUUGGUGUGGUGAUGGGAUUCAUUUUGGGAUUUGCAAUCCGGGGCUAUCAUCCCAGUCAGGAUACUAUCAUGAUGAUUGCGUUUCCGGGAGAUAUUCUUAUGAGAUUGUUGAAGAUGUUGAUACUGCCGCUUAUUAUAUCUAGCUUGAUUGCUGGCCUAUCCCAAUUGGACGCGGUGGCGAGCGGUAAGAUGGGUGCCAGAGCCCUCUGCUACUACUUCAUAACGACCAUAAUCGCGGUCAUCAUAGGGAUAUCAUGUGUCCUCAUCAUUCACCCCGGCAGGUCUGACAUCAAAGGCAAACUGGGAGAGGGGGUUGCCAGUGGCAAGAAGGUCACCACCCGAGAUGCACUAAUGGACUUGAUCAGUCUUAUUUGUUUCGUAUUCUAUAACAUUCCACCUUAUUUUACCAGUUUCAUCGAGUCUAUUUCAUAUACUUUUGAAAUGGUGCUGACUGAGCUGACUGAAAAUGGGACAGUGGAGCUACAAACAACUGAUCUAGUCUUUACCGAUGGCAUUAAUGUCAUGGGCAUAAUAGUAUUUUGCAUCGCUUUCGGUAUCGUAAUCGGUCAAACCGGUCAAAAAACUCGGAUCAUGUGCGACUUCUUCAUGGCUCUGAAUGAAGUCGUCAUGGGGAUCGUCGGCGUCAUAAUGUGGUAUUCGCCUUUCGGUAUCGCCUGCCUGAUAGCGAGUAAAAUUCUAGCCAUCACCGAUCUUGCACUGACGGCCCAACAAUUAGGAAUGUACAUGGUUACCGUCAUAUCCGGUCUUUUAAUUCAUUUCUUCUUCACACUCUGUGGCUUGUACUUUCUGGUCACACGUAAAAACCCGGCAAAAUUUUUCAUUGGAAUGCUUCAAGCCUGGUUCACAGCCCUGGGAACUGCUUCGAGAUUCGUACUGCCAGUCGGGGCCACUGUAAACAUGGAUGGAACGGCCCUCUACGAAGCAGUGGCAGCCAUUUUUAUUGCCCAGAUGAAUGGGGUGGCCUUGUCCUUUGGCCAAGUCAUCACCGUCAGUCUAACAGCGACUCUGGCGAGCAUCGGGGCGGCCAGCAUCCCCAGUGCCGGCCUCGUAACGAUGAUUCUUGUCCUGACCGCCGUUGGUCUACCUACUCAAGAUAUCAGUCUGAUUGUCUCUGUCGACUGGUUGUUAGACCGAAUCAGGACGUCUGUAAACGUGUUGGGCGAUUCUUUCGGUGCCGGCAUUGUAGACCAUCUUUCUAAAAAAGAACUGAUAGAGCAGGAUAGAGAGAGGGAGGAGGAGUUGAGGAGAGAGCAGAGAGAGAGAUUGCAGAGUUUGACGGCCUUGGAGAUCGAUGACGCUGUCGUCAAAGAUCCGAAUAGUCCAACGACACCUCUUAAGAAUAAACUGAAGUAUUACGAUUUAACGAAAGUUUGAAGAGUUGAAGAGAUUAAAAAGGUAAAGGACUAUUACUACUACUAUUACUACUACUAUUAUUAUUACUACUACUACUACUGCUACUACUACUACUACUACUACUACUACUACUACUACUACUACUACUACUACUACUACUACUACUACUACUACUACUACUACUACUACUACUACUACUACUACUACUACUACUACUACUACUACUACUAACCACUAACUACUACUAUUACUACUACUACUACUACUACUACUACUGCUGCUGCUACUACAACUACUUUCUUACUGCUAUUGCUAACACAGUUAAGGAUGUUUUUCGUUGUGUUUUAUUAGUAUUAUUACUGACGUUACAGACAAUUACCUAACAAUAUUUUAACAAAUUUAUUAAUAUUUAAAAUCUUUAGAUUAUAAUAGAUUAUGUUAAUUUUGUCCCUACUAACUUCUAAUUAAAAAUUUCAAAUAAGAUUAUGAAUGAUAUUAUCGCAUUAUUGUGCCUUGUGUAGAAUGAUAAAGAAUUUUUUCAUAAAUUUAACUAGAGCAACGUGUGUGUGUGUGUGUGUGUGUGCGUGUGUGUGCGUGCGUGUGUGUGUGUAAGUUUACCGCGUUCAUAUUAAGCGUACAGUUAAACAAUUACCUUUAUAUAAAUUCAAUUUUAAUUCAUUUCAAUUCAGCAAAGAAUUAAUAUUUUUGAUUUUAUGGUUAAUUUUUUUGAUCCUUCUAUCAUUUUAUUCUUUGUUUUAUGUGUAACUUUUUGUCACAAACGUAGACUUAUUUCAAAAUUCUUUCGUAGAAAAUAAAUGGAAUUAAUUUUAUGGGCUC